AUGUCGGACGCAAUCAAGGACCUGGUGGAAAUUCCCCAGAGCUUUGUCAAGGAUGGGACACAGUUCUUCAACAAGUGCACCAAGCCCAACAAGAAGGAGUACCUUCAAAUCUGCAGGGCUGUAGGCAUGGGCUUCGUCGUCAUGGGUUUCAUCGGCUACUUUGUCAAGCUCAUCCAUAUUCCUCUGCGACAAAUUGUGAGUGUAUCCUUGCAGCAGGCGCAGCAUCACUUCGAAGCUCUCUCGCUGAUGCUUUACGCUUUCCGUCUCCCUUUUCCUGCCAGCUUGUGUGAGUUGUAG